UUAUUAGACUUUCUUGGUUUCAAAAUAAUUAAAAAAAAUAAUAAAUAUUAGAAAGAUAUGUAAAAACUAUAAAAAUUAGAUAUAUUUUCUUAACAAUUUUCUUUUUUUGUGGGAUAAAAAAAGAAAAAGAAAACCUUAGAAGGAGGCUUGUACACAAUUACAGCUUUUAGUUUAUCUUUAGGUUAUCUUAUUUAUCUUUUAGUUUUAUUUUUUGAUAACAAGUUUCUUCCAAAAAUUACGAGCAAAAUAAAAAAUUAAACUACUUUAUAAGAUAUUUAACUAAAUUAGAAUGUCUUUGGGUUUACCUUUAGUAGCUAAGGUUUGACUUUACAAUAAUUAGAAUAAUCUACAGGUAAGCAAUAUUUAAUAUUUAAAGCAUAGUUUGCUUAUAUAUCUUUAUAAAAAUAAAAUUAUACUGAUCUUCCUAUUAUUGAUUGUCCAGAUUAAAGCUUCUCAGGUUAUUUGUGCCUUGAUUUUAAUAACAUGACUGAUAUCCAAAAAACUUUGUCAGUUGAUCCAACUACAUAAGCUAUGUCAUAAUAUACAUUAACGGUUUAGCCUUGUACAGGAUUGCCAACGUGUGCUAGUCCUGCAGAAAUAUAAAAUAAAAUAAUAGACAAAGAUUUUUAGUUUUAUGUAAAAGUUAGAAUUGUACAGUUUAAUGAGUAAUCUCAAAAAUAUGAAUAAGGGUACUAGAUAGAUUUAGUUUAAUUUGAUGAUAACUUGGCUUUAUAAAAUUAGUAUUAGCUAACUUAGUCAAUAACUACAGUUAAUCAAGGUUUCCUUUUCUAAAAUACAUCAGUCUCAAAGUUUAUAUCUGGUUAUUAGAAAUCAUCAUUAUACUAUUCCCCAAAUAAUUUACUUUAAAAGGCAGGAUUCACAGGAUACGCUUAAUUUUUGUUUUUUUUACAACAGAACUAAGAGAUAAAUCAUAUUCAAUAUCCACUUAUUACAGAAGCUUUGGCUCAAUUUAUGCCUGUAGUAAAAAUAUUAUUUAUAUUAGGUAUUUUUACAAGAUUAUUUUCUGAAUCAAAAAUAGUAGAAAAUUUAAAUACAUUAUUUUUGAAAGAAUAUUACAGGGGAACUGCUCUUAAAUUAUUAUCAUCUGAAUAAGAAGAUGAAUAAUUAGAAAGUAAUAAAAGCAAUAAUCAAAAUAAGAUUAAUUAGUUAAAGAAAAUUAAUUAAAAUAUUGAUAAAAAUGCAAUUUAUGGGAUUAAUUAAAACAGUGAUACCAAAUAAAUUUAAAAUACUUCUUUAACAGCAGAUCAAAUUAUUGGUUUUUAAAAGUAGAUCGAUGAAAACGAAUUUAAAAAUGAAGAAAAAUCAAAAUUUUAUGCUAAUUUUUUUCAAUUCUAUAAACAAUAUUUCUUUGGUAAGAUAAUGAAAUAAACUUCCCAAAGAGAAAUAAUCUAUCAAAAGAUGUGUAGCUUCACUAAAAAAUCAAUAGAUAUUUUCUCGUUAUAUAAGAAUAUGAUAAAGGUAAAUAUGGCCAUUAAAUUGCUUAUGAGCAAAGAAUAAUAUGCAGCUUUGUAAUUUUGUGGAUGUGAAAUGGAUUAAAUAAAUUUUGAAAAAAAUUCUACUUAGUUUAUCAAUAAUUAAGAAAAUAUAAGUAAUAAAAAUUAAGAAAUUUUAGAUAAAUAAUAAAGUAAUUAAAACUAAAUUUAGUAAACCACUAUAUGUAAAGCUUAAGAUUUAGAAGAAGGUAAACAUAAAAAAAUAGUUCAUAAAAGUGAAGAAGCAUAUAGCUUAAAUUAGAUUCCUGUGAUUGACAGUAAUUAAACUUCAUAAAGAUAGACAAACAAUAGCUAUAUUAAAUAAAUGCCUAAAAAUAUAGAGUGUUAAAUAUCUUUAAAAAAUAAUGAAAACUAUUCAACAAAUUGCGAGAUGCUAUCUCCAUCAAGUUCAAAUUAAAUAAAUAAUCAUCUCCAGCAAUAAGAAGAAAUUCUUACUAAUAAACAUAUGCUACACCUAUAUCUAAAGAAAUUUAUUGAUAGAAUAAAUAGGAAUUAAGAAUUAACUCAAGUUGAUUUAAACAUUUACUCAUCCCUUAUAGGAUCGUAACCAAAAGUUGGCUGA